CCUGUAUAAUUAAACACUAGCUGGUAGGAAGUAACACUUCUUUGUCAUUAUGCUUCAAAAUGAUAAAAAACGACUUAUAAUUUAUUAUGUACUAAACACAAAUAUUACUAAGAUAAAUUGCGUUGCUUUGUUUCAGGCCCAACCGAAAAAACUACCAAUCGCUUCACAACAUUCUGGCAAAUGGUUUGGCAUGAAAAGUCGGAUAUUAUUGUUAUGCUUACAAACCUUGAGGAACCAUCAGGUAUGAAAUGUCAACAAUAUUGGCCUGAGAAAGGAGGAAAUAUAUGGUAUGAGGAUGUAUGUGUUUCCCUCCAAAGAGCCGAAUUCUUUGCAGAGUAUAAUAUAAGAACAUUCACUAUAUCAAACAACGAAGAACGUCGCCUAUUAACACAUCUUCACUACACUGCAUGGCCUGACAAGAAGGUACCAGAAGAUGCUACAAGUUUACUUGAAUUCAGACAGAGACUGAGAGCAACACCAACUUCUGCUAAAGGUCCCAUCGUAAUACACUGCAGUGCUGGUAUCGGUCGCACAGGAACUUUAAUAGCACUUGACAGACUGAUAGAAGAGGGACAAUGUGAAGGCUACAUUAAUGUAUUUGAAUGCGUGAAGAAAAUGAGGGCACAAAGAGUUAAAAUGGUUCAAACACAG